UCCCCGUCGUGCUGUGGUCAACCCUUCUCCUCUCCACGCCCGGGCAUUUCCGCGAACACCACUCGCGCGUCUCCGUCCGACCCCAUGGCCGCGCCGUAGACGUCGCCCGCGACCUGCUAGACGUUUCGCCGCUGCGUUUUGGGCUGCUGCCAUGCCUCUGCGGCGGCUGCUCCUCGUCGUGGUGGUGUUGGCGGCGGCGGCGGCGGCCGUGGCGCAGACACAGCAGCUGGCGUCGCGGACUGACGUGGCGGGGCUGUACAGCCUGCGCGGGUCGCUGGGGCUGCGGGCUCGGGACUGGCCAGCCAAAUCCGAUCCCUGCGCCGCGUGGGCGGGCGUCGCCUGCCGCGCCGGCCGCGUCGUGGCGGUCACCGUUGCGGGCCUCCGCCGCACCCGCCUCGGCGCGCUCGCGCCGCGGUUCGCGCUCGACGGGCUGCGGAACCUCACCGCUAUAGAGCGCUUCAACGCGUCCGGGUUCCCGCUCCCCGGGGAGAUGCCCGCGUGGUUCGGCCGCGGCCUCCCGCCGUCGCUCGCCGUCCUCGACCUCCGCUCCGCCACCGUCAGUGGGGCGCUUCCCGCCGAUCUUGGCACGGUGGGGAACCUCACGACCUUGCUCCUUUCCGGGAACAACUUCUCGGGCCCCGUCCCGGCGUCACUGCUCUCCAUCAAAGGCCUUCGCUUUCUCGACCUCUCCCGCAACAAUUUCACCGGCAAGCUACCGAACAUCUCUGUCGUCGCCGGUGACGGAGCCGCCUCGUUGUUUAACAUUUCCGGGAAUUCUCUGUAUGGAGUACCCGGUGAUGCCAUUGGGGCGCUCAGGAGGAGGUUUCAGGUGGUGGACGUGUCAAGCAACUACUUCGAUGGAGCUUGGAACGGGUCUGAUGGAACAGUGGUUGUCACGAUGAAUUGCUUCUCUGGUGUGCCGGGUCAGCGCAGCCGUGUGGAUUGUGAGGAGUUCUAUAGGAAGGACGGCGUGAGGCUUGUUGAUGCUCCAGCGCCCUCACCUUCGCCGCAGCCAUCACCAGAGAAGAAGCAGAGGAUCUCCAAAAAUUUACUCAUUGCUGUCCUUGCAGCUGCUGCGGCCUUAAUUGUUGUGUUUUUCUUUGCAUUGGUGUUCUUUUUGUCGAGGAAGAAACGGAGACGAAGAAGACGAGUGGGAUCAAAUGCCGAUGGUUCACGCUCUGUGCGGAGGAGGGAUAGCAGUGUAAAUCCGGUGAUGUCAUCAUCGCCAGCGGCAGUGUCUCCAAGAGCCAAUGCUGGACCUAAGUAUGUAUCUGCCGUUUUCGGUGAGUUAACCUUUGAGCAGUUGGUCCAUGCCACUGGGGGCUUUGGCGACGACAAACUCAUCAAGCACGGGCAUUCAGGGGAUGUUUACCAUGGUGUCUUGGAGAAUGGCUCCCAUGUCAUUAUCAAGAAGGUUGGUGCAAAGGGUCUCAACAAGCAUACGAGUGAAUUGGAUUUCUAUUCGAGGUACUCGCAUGAGAGGAUUGUUCCGUUGCUUGGGCAUUUGGCCAAGGAUGAUGAGGAAUUUUUGGCUUACAAGCAUAUGCCAAAGGGGGACUUGACCAAUGCAUUGCACAAGAAACCUGUUGACACUGCAGAUGGCUUGCCCUCGUUGGAUUGGAUAACUAGGCUGAAGAUUGCAACUGGUGUGGCUGAGGCCAUGUGCUUCCUUCAUGACGAGUGUAGCCCGCCAUUAGUUCACAGAGAUAUCCAAGCAAGCAGUGUCCUUCUUGAUGAUAAAUUUGAAGUGCGACUUGGGAGUAUGAGUGACAUCUGUGCUCAGCAAAGUGGGGGAAGCCAGAAUGUCUUCUCUCGGAUGUUGAGAUCAUCAAAGUCGCUCGAGAAGCACACGUCAGGUCCACCGGCCACUUGUUCCUACGAUGUCCAUUGCUUCGGCAAGGUGCUGCUCGAGCUGGUAACAGGCAACAUGGGCAUCAGCGGACCAAACGCCGCCGCCUCAGAGGAGUCGGAGUGGCUCACGAACACGCUGAACCAUAUCAACGCCAGCGACAAGGCGACCAUCACGAACAUCAUCGACCCGCUGCUCGUCGUCGACGAGGACCACCUGGAGGAAGUGUGGGCGGUGGCCGUCAUCGCCAAAACAUGCCUGAAUUCAAAGCCCUCGCGGCGUCCCUCGGCGCGCUACGUGCUGCGAGCACUGGAGAGCCCGCUGCGGGUGGUGCGGGCGUCGUCCCGGUCCAACUCGGCGCGGCUCAGGAGCUCGUCGUCGCGCAGCUCGUGGCAGUCUGUGUUCCAGGGGAACCGGGUGCAGAGCCUGAACGCUGUGGCGUCGUCGGGGCAGGUGCUGGACCGGAGGCACUCGGUCAGGUCGUAUGGGAGUGGAGAAGAGGCGUCCUUCUCCUUCAAGAGAGCCACGCCGGAGAUUGUUCCUGAGCCGGUGGGGCUGGAAGAGGACGACGGUGUUGUGUAGGACACCAAUUCUUUUUUGUGCGAUUAUUUGCUGGCAUUCGUGAUUCUUUCUCAUAUCACAUCGCAAUUGCGUGUAUAAUUUGUUGUUGUCUGAUGUAUGAUCCGGUGUUCCAACAUGAGAAUUGUGUAUAAAAGGCUAUUUUUAAAACUUCCUUUU